CUGAGGUCUUUUGAACUCUGUCGGCCACCGUCACUGUGUCCCCUCUGCUCCUUUUCUUUCCUGCGCUUGCGCGUUGCUGGUUCGCCGUCCAUUUCUCCAUCCGUAAGCGAGGGUGUUUGUGUUAAGGAGAAUAACCACCAUGCCUUCCAGUGCUUUGGCAAAACCUCAGAUGCGAGGCCUUUUGGCCAAACGUCUACGAUUUCAUAUUGUUGGAGCAUUUAUUGUCUCCCUGGGGGUUGCAGCUCUCUAUAAGUUUGCUGUGGCUGAACCAAGAAAGAAGGCAUAUGCAGAUUUCUACAGAAACUAUGAUUCCAUGAAAGAUUUUGAGGAGAUGAGGAAGGCUGGUAUCUUUCAGAGUGCAAAGUGAUUUUGGAAUGUAAAGAAUUUCUUUGGAUUGAGUUCCCUGAAUGUUUGUCACUAACCUGUCUGUGCUCCUGAAUAAUAAAACUUGACUAUGUGGGCUACAGCAUAAUUUCCCUUGAUAAAUAAAUAAUUAAAUACUGUUGACA